AUAACUCAAAUCCAUCACGGAAGCAGUGGAUAUGCCUUGUUUAUGGGAGCCUAAAGAAACUUGAAUAAACUGAUACCGAUUAAUUCCUAUGAUAUUCUUGUAAUGUUGCACGAGUGCACAAUGAAUUUCAGACGUGCCAUGGAUUUGCCUAGAAGAUCAAACACACAUCUAGAGUCUUUCUUUAUAUGUUCAGCUGGGUUCAAUCGCAUAUUUAGCAGCCUGUGAUUGAGUGAGUGAGUGAGUGUUUUCAGCAUGUUUUUACAUAUAUGCGUGAUAAUGUAAUUUCACGUGACGUUCAUGUAUAUUUACAUUAAAUAAAGUGUUAAAUUGUGGUGUGCAGCCAAAAGGGGGUCAAUAAAUAAUUUUAUAAUCCACCAACACUUAUCUCUGUUUAUGGAUAGUUGACACAUAGUGUGUCCUGGGAGAUUUUAGGUUAAAAAUGUAUAGGAAAUUAUAAGGGACUAUGUAUUGAAUCAACUUUUUGCCUUAAUUUAGGAUCUGUCUGUACGGUUGAGAUCAGAAUUAUGUGACUCUGUUGCAGGUGCAUCUGUCCCAUUGUACGAGAGAACACUGAGAAUUUAACAAGACCAUGGGCCACAGGAGGAGAGGUCACACUCACGCAGCUAAAACACCUCCAUCCCAGGACACACAUUCCUCCACCACACUGGUAACACCGCCCUCUGAUACUAAGAGGGGUGUGAAACACAGAAUAUGUAUGGUGUCAGACUUUUUCUACCCUAACAUGGGUGGAGUGGAGAGCCACAUCUACCAGCUCUCACAGUGCCUCAUUGAAAAGGGCCAUAAGGUUGUCAUAGCAACACAUGCAUAUGGAGACCGCCGCGGGAUUCGCUACCUGACCAAUGGAUUGAAGGUCUAUUAUCUACCACUGCAGGUCAUGUAUAAUCAGUCCACCGCCACCACUUGCUUCCACAGUUUGCCGUUACUUAGAUGCGUAUUUGUGCGUGAACGCAUCACAAUCGUGCAUGCCCACAGCUCUUUCUCCGCAAUGGCCCAUGAUGCACUGUUUCACGCUAAGACCAUGGGACUCAACACCGUAUUCACAGAUCACUCUCUCUUCGGAUUCGCAGACCUCAGCUCUGUACUGACAAAUAAGCUGCUGACCGUCUCUUUAUGCGACACUAAUCACAUUGUGUGCGUCUCGUACACUAGUAAAGAGAACACUGUACUGCGAGCCGCUCUUGAUCCUGAGAUUGUCUCUGUUAUCCCCAAUGCUGUGGACCCCACUGACUUCACCCCUGAACCCUGUCGUCGUGACAACAGCAAGAUCACAAUUGUAGUCAUUAGUCGACUGGUUUACAGAAAAGGGAUUGAUUUACUAGGUGGAAUCAUUCCUGAACUAUGUGGAAAGCACCCUGAUCUCUGUUUUUUGAUUGGUGGAGAGGGACCCAAAAGAAUUGUAUUGGAAGAAGUUAGAGAGAAGUAUCAGCUUCAUGACAGGGUUCGCCUACUGGGAGCUCUAGAUCAUAAAGAUGUGAGGGAUGUUCUUGUUCAGGGUCAUAUCUUUCUCAACACCUCUCUCACUGAGGCAUUCUGUAUGGCCAUAGUGGAAGGAGCCAGUUGUGGCCUGCAGGUGGUAAGCACUCGAGUAGGAGGUAUACCAGAGGUCCUGCCUGAUGAGUUGAUGACUCUGUGUGAACCAACAGUUCGUUCACUGUGUGAUGGAUUAGAAAAUGUAAUUGCAAGAAUUCGUACAGGAAAUGUGGAAUCUCCGGCUGCCAUCCACCGCAAGGUCCGAACGCUGUACACCUGGAGAAACGUUGCUGAGCGCACAGAAAAGGUGUAUAACCGGGCGUGCAAGGAGACCGUUUUGCCGCUCUCUGCCCGAUUGCACAGACUGGGCUCUCACUGUGGUGCUGUGGCAGGCUCCAUUUUCUCCUUUUUUGCUGUUAUCAACUACCUCUUCCUGCUUCUCCUGCAGUGGCUCCGCCCAGAUCACCUGAUUGAUGUGGCUAUAGAUGCAUCUGGCCCCCACAGCCGAUUAGGCCAGAGCGGUAAUAAGAAGAAGAGUAAAACACCAAACACAGCUUUGACCUGUGUCCUGAACAAUGAUCUAACAUGACCUUAAAUUAGGCUCAUGAUUAACUUUAUGGAUGUAAUUAAAGGAACUCUAAAAUAUGUAAUGACUAUUCCUGUUUAUAUUUCUGUAGAAAAAACGGACCUCAAGUCUACAGAAAGCUUUUAAUAACUAUCCUCACCCACUCAAGCUCUCUACAAAUAACCUUUCAGAAAAUGAUUAUAUAGAAAAGCUGCCUUCAACUGAACCCAUAUCAGAAAAUAAUCUAAGCUUGUUCUAAUUGUUCUAAUUGACAAGGGGGGAUUUUUUUUGCUUUCUGAAAGUUACAGUAUGUUUUAGUAGUACAAACUUUCUUAUUUAAAAAAAAAAAAAAAAAAAAAUGUUUUGUGAUAUGGCCUCUUUAAGAAGCUAGUAUCUUUUCAAGCUAGUUUCAAGAUAAAUAACAAACAGUGGUAUCUUUUCCUGUAUCACCUCUAAACGCUAUCAUCACAUGAUUUAUACCACAGCGUAUCUGUAUGUUUCUUUUAAGAUCUGAAAUAUACAAGCAGAACUGGGAUGUUUCAUAUUAAAUGCUAAACACACUACUUUAUAGUAGAGCUGUGGACUGCUGACUAUGUUUUUUUUUUUAUCUGAUGUUGAUUGUUUCUUCGUGUUUCUUUAAAGGAAUAGUUCAUCCAAAAUUGAAAAUUCUCUCAUCAUUUACUCACCCUCAUGCCAUCCCAGAUGUGUAGGACUUUUUAAAGAUUUUUAGAAGACUAUCUCAGCUCUGUAGGUCCUCACAGUGCAAGCGAAUGGUGGCCAGAACUUUGAAGCUCCAAAAAGCACAUAAAUGCAGCAUAAAAGUUAUCCAUAAUACUCCAGUGGUUAAAUCAAAGUCUUCAGAAGCAAUAUGAUGGGUGUGAGUGAGAAACAAGUCAAUAUUAAGGUCAUAUUUUUACUAUCAUGAAGGUGAGUAAAUGAUGAAAGAAUUUUCAUUUUUGGGUGAACUGUUCCAUAUCUGUUGGUGCUUUUUUGGCUGCUUUGUCAAAAUGACUUUGGCUAGAGAAGUGAAUGUGUUUAUUUAAACCCAAACACAUUUUUUGUUUUACUACAGAUGCAUUGCACUCCUUUUAGCUUUAGGCCAUUCUUUUCAUACUUGCAUUGUUUUAUGGCACAGCCUUUUUAUACUGUCCUUCUCUGUUAAAAUGCUGCCUGUUUAGUUGUCUUUUGAUUCUUUCUACACAACUUGCAAUAAACUUUAUUAC